UACUAGGUAUUUAAAAGCUAGGUAGUAACUAUAUAGGAUCCAUGGUUUUUUUUUAUUAAAUUAGCCGAACUUCAAAUUAGGAACGAAAAGGUACUCUACAAUUAAUAUUUCUCUACUUUUAUAAAAAGUAAAAACACUGUUUUGUCUUUUGGUCCAUAAAUAAUAUAAGGAUGGAUUUUAAAAUGCAUGAAUUUUCUCAUGCUGUCGUCGCUAAAGUCUCUUGUGGAACAAACCAUAAAAUGAAUGAUCUACGGUGUCAAUAUGACAGCUACAUAAGGCUUUUGAAAGAGUUAAAUUUGGAGAUAAUUGAAGUGGACGUUGCAUCAUCCUCUUCUGAUGUUGUGGUUCUUGAAGAUUUAGCAGUUGUAUGCCAUGGGAUUGCGCUUUUAUUAAAGCCAAAACCUGGUAGUCCUGAAGAAGCAACAAAAGCAAUAAAAAAUGUUUUACAGAACAAUCUUGAUCAGACUAUUAUACAAAUUUCCGACCCAGAUGCCAAGCUGCUAGGAUCUGAUGUCUUAUUUACAGGGAGGGAGUUCUUUGUUGGUAUUUGUGAUACCAGUAAUGAAGCGGGCGCCAGUGCUGUGGCUGAAGCAUUUCCAGAGUUUCCUUGUACUCCUAUUAAGGUGUCAAAAGGGUAUGACCAUAUAAAAAAAUACAUCACAGUUGCGGGGCAUGAUAUUCUAUGUGUUGGUGCGAGCAAAGAAGCACAGGAGAUGCUGAAGAGAAUGGAAAGAGAAGCUACAUUUUGUUAUCAAACACUCACUGUGCCCGAAGAUGAAGCAGCAAAUUGUCUGUUUGUUAAUGAAACCUUGAUACACCGAGCAAUUGAAGAAAUACCUAACUCCUUUAAGGUGUUCUGUGAAAAGAUUGAUUUCGCAAGGCGAUCCAUUUGCUUCUCUGAGCUCGCCAAAUUAUCAUACGGUCUCAGCGCACACUGUUUGUUGGUGAGGAAGCCUCUGACCAUUAACAAUACUCAGUAAUUAUAUCUACUCGAAUAAAUUAACAACUAUUCAAAUACAUCAAC